AUGCAACGAUUCGGCUUCCUGCUUCUCGUUUUAUUGAUUCUUGGAAGCUGUCAAGAAUCGCUGAGCGUCGUGUCGGAACCCGAUCACGACGAUCCGAUCGCUGUGAAGGUGCCCGUUCGUCGGUCGAUCGCCGAACCCGACAACGAUGAUCCGGUGGCGGUGAGGAUUCCAACACGCGUCAAACGCGGUCUCGCGCUCGCCCAAUGGCAAUGGAAUACCCACCUUUGGCAAGGCGGCGUGGUACCGUACGACAUCGAAUCGCAUUACACGCCGUCGGAGCGCAGUGUGAUCCUCUCGGCGAUGCAGGCGUUCCACGACGUCACCUGCAUUCGAUUCCGACCGAGGAACGCCGGCGACAAGUAUUAUUUGAAAAUCAGCAAGAACUACAAUCUCGAACGCUGCUUCUCUUACAUCGGCCGGCAGACAUCUGGCUAUCUGUUCGGAACGCACGACAACAAGGUUGAGACUCGUAUGAAGCUCGAUCCGUCGUGCUUCUUUAACAAUGGACGUGGAACGGUGAUGCACGAGCUCAUGCACAUCAUCGGCUUCUAUCACGAGCAUCAACGGGACGAUCGCGAUCGCCGUCUCGGCCCCUACGCGAAUCACUACAACUUCCGAAUCUAUCCGCGCUACAAAUCGCAAUAUAUGGGCGCCUAUGACGCGAAUUCGAUAAUGCACUACAACUUCAACGGGAUACCGUGGCAGCCGCGCAGCUAUUUCUCGCCGUCGGAUAUCCGCCAUAUCAACACCUUGUACAAAUGCUACUCGGUGGUGCUGACCCAACCAGGAACCGAUUCGAGAAAGGGCUCCGUCAAUGUGCAAGUGAAGGAUAGCGAUAGCACUCGACGCAACACGAUCGACUUGAAAAUCGGCGAGGGUCGAUCGCGAAAAAACACGCUCGUCAAAGUCAACGGCGAAGUCGUCAGCGGCUCGCCGAGCACCGAAGAUAUGAGCAAUUCGCCGAGAGUUCCCCGCAAUUUGUCGGUUCGCGCGAAAGAUGCGCCAAACGCGCAAAACGGCGCCGACGGCCAAUCGGGCGAUGAGAGCGCCAACGGCGCCGCCAACAAUGAGCGACUCGAUAACACUCAGUCAUGGCCAUUUUUCAAUCCGUCGGUUCGAUUCCGAAUCCUCAAAAUCGUUUUCGUUCUAAUGUGUUUCGUCGACAUAAUGCAUUGGGCAUAUCUUUUGAGAGACGACACCGCCGAAAACCCAAACUCGUGGCGAUUCUACAAGAAAUUCAAAAGUUUUGAUCUCUAUUAUCUGGUCGCCAGAAUGUUCGCCGACAUUUUCACAUGCGUUCUGGGUCUCGGCGCGGCAAUGUGGACACGUAAACCAUUACUCACAUUACCGUGCACCACUAUUCAACUUCUAUUCUUAUUAAUACGGGCCGCCGUGUGGUCGGCGCGAAGCUACAAUCGAGUUCUCGAGAAGACCAACGCCACCAGCGAGGACAAGGUGUUCGUCAUCUGCGAGUUCCUGCUGCCCGCCAUCUGGGCGCUCCUCUCGUUCUUCAUUGUGCACACGACGCGCCGUUUGCGCUGCUACGAGCAACUGCACGGCUACGCGCGACCGCCAAUCAUUGUUCUCACCGUCAAAAACGAUGACAACGAUGAGAGCGUUCAAAUCGAAAUCGCUUAA